ACACAAGCCAUCGCCACAAAAUCAGCUGAUCUCGAUUCCAGGAUGAUCUACCAAGUAAUUGUAGUUCUGGUGGCCUUUGCCGUGUCACAGGGCCAACCAAGCAACUAUGGUGGAGGAGGACCUGUUUAUGCCUCUGGCCCUAUCCCCUACAAUUUCAACUACGCCGUGAACGACGCCUACUCGGGAACCAACUUCGGUCAGAACGAGAAGUCCGACGGCAGCAACGUGUGGGGAUCCUACACCGUCGCCCUUCCCGACGGACGCAAGCAACAAGUUGACUACACCGCUGACCACGGCAGGGGAUUCGUGGCCAAGGUCAGCUACUCCGGCAAGGCUCAGCAUCCUCAAGUCUACGGUCCGGCCAUCACCUUCCCACAGAACGGCGGAGGAUAUCACUAAACGCCUUUUGGCAUUUGCCUUUUAAACCACCGCAUUUUUAUAUAUUCGACAACACAAUCUGCAUGCAUACAUGCAGAAAAAAUAAAUGUACAUA